AUGCUUCCCGUCAGAGCUGACUACCAGUACGCUGUUAGAGUCCAGGAGCUGAGGACUCUACAGGUCAGUAAUCAGCAUCCCCUCAGAGACAGUCCAGGAGCUGAGGACUCUACAGUGAACGCUCGCCUCAAGCCGUACCAAGUGAACGCUCGCCUCAAGCCGUACCAAGUGAACACUCGCCUCAAGCCGUACCAAGUGAACGCUCGCCUCAAGCCGUACCAAGUGAACACUCGCCUCAAGCCGUACCAAGUGAACGCUCGCCUCAAGCCGUACCAAGUGAACGCUCGCCUCAAGCCGUACCAAGUGAACGCUCGCCUCAAGCCGUACCAAGUGAACGCUCGCCUCAAGCCGUACCAAGUGAACGCUCGCCUCAAGCCGUAUCAAGUGAACGCUCGCCUUAAGCCGUACCAAGUGAACGCUCGCCUCAAGCCGUACCAAGUGAACGCUCGCCUCAAGCCGUACCAAGUGAACACUCGCCUCAAGCCGUACCAAGUGAACGCUCGCCUCAAGCCGUACCAAGUGAACACUCGCCUCAAGCCGUACCAAGUGAACGCUCGCCUUAAGCCGUACCAAGUGAACGCUCGUCUCAAGCCGUACCAAGUGAACGCUCGCCUCAAGCCGUACCAAGUGAACGCUCGCCUCAAGCCGUACCAAGUGAACGCUCGCCUUAAGCCGUACCAAGUGAACGCUCGUCUCAAGCCGUACCAAGUGAACGCUCGCCUCAAGCCGUACCAAGUGAACGCUCGCCUCAAGCCGUACCAAGUGAACGCUCGCCUCAAGCCGUACCAAAUGAACGCUCGCCUCAAGCCGUACCAAGUGAACGCUUGUAUCCUGAUAAAUUAUACUCACGCAUUACAUAACCUCCAUAUAACAAGCGUCUCUGAGAACGCAGCACUAACCGAUAAUUAG